AUGUCCUACUGGUGCUUGAUAUCAAGGCGUUUUUCUUGUUGUCAAUACAUAAAUGCUCCAACGGAAAAAUAUCCUGAGCUCUCAGAGGUGGACUUCUCCCCGUCCGGCGAGCCCAACUACCUCAAAUUAAUCCUCACUUCCAGAGUCUACGAUGUUGUGGAUAAUGCUGGCUCCCCUUUGACACACGCUGUCAACCUCUCCCAUAAGUGUAACGCAAAGGUGCACUUGAAGAGGGAGGAUUUGUUGCCCGUCUUCUCCUUCAAAUUGCGUGGUGCGUACAACAUGAUUUCAAAACUACACGCCAAGACACCGCUAAACGGAGUCAUUGCGUGUUCUGCGGGGAACCAUGCUCAAGGCGUGGCGUUCUCGGCUGCCAAGCUCAAAAUCCCAUCUACUAUCGUCAUGCCCACAGCAACCCCCUCCAUCAAGUAUUCCAAUGUCAGCAGAUUGGGGUCUCAGGUGGUUUUGUACGGCGAAGAUUUCGACUCGGCAAAGCAAGAAUGUGCCCGCUUGAGUAGCUUGGAGAAUUUGACGGACAUCCCACCCUUUGACCAUCCUUACGUGAUUGCUGGUCAGGGAACCGUCGCAUUGGAAUUGACAAGACAAUUAGUGCUCGACGAACUAGACGCUGUCUUCAUCCCAGUUGGCGGGGGUGGUUUGAUUGCCGGUGUUGCAGCUUACCUCAAGCAAGUUGCGCCCCACGUGAAAAUCAUAGGUGUAGAAACUUUCGAUGCCGAUGCAUUGUAUCAGUCUUUAAGAGACACGGAAAGGGUGCGUCUUGAGCUGGUGGGUGUUUUCGCCGACGGCACCGCAGUGAAAAUCGUUGGCGAUGAGACUUGGAGACUCUGUCACAAGUACGUUGACGAGGUAGUCAGAGUUACCACCGAUGAGACUUGCGCCGCCAUCAAGGACAUUUUCGAGGACACAAGGCUGAUUGUCGAACCCUCUGGUGCUCUUGGUGUCGCCGGAAUGAAAAAAUACAUCCAACAGACUAAGAAAGACAUGGAUCACCGCAACAAGACUUACAUUCCUAUCUUAUCUGGAGCCAACAUGAACUUCGACAGAUUGAGAUUUGUCAGCGAGAGGGCUGUUUUGGGCGAAGGUAAAGAGGUCUCAUUUGUCGUAUCUAUCCCAGAGAAGCCAGGCGAGUUUUCUAAGCUCCAACAAAUCAUUCAUCCGAGACUGAUCACUGAGUUUUCGUACAGAAACUCUGGUAGUGACAUCGCCAACAUCUACGUCUCGUUCAAUGUCCUCAAUAAGGACAAAGAGGUGGCAUCUAUAAUGCAAACCAUGAAUAAUGAUGAACACAACUACGAAGUUGUUGACAUUUCAAACAAUGAGCUCGCGAAAACACAUGGCCGUUACUUGGUUGGGGGUAAAUGCUCAUCAUCUGAUAUCACGAAGAGAGAGAAAUUGUUUACUUUCGAGUUUCCUGAAAGACCUGGUGCCUUGACAAAAUUCUUACAAGAACUAAAAGAUAACUGGGACAUCACUUUGUUCAAUUACAGAAACCAUGGCAACGAUGUUGGUAAGGUAUUGUGUGGGUUUGUUAUUCCUGAGGGGGCAAGCGAGGCUGAGUUCUAUGACUUUUUGAACAAAUUGGGCUACAAAUAUAUUGACGAAACUCAAAAUGUUGUUUAUCAGAAAUUUUUGAAGUGA